UGGAUUUGAUUUCUCAUUCUUGACUUUUACUUUGUAUUGUCAUUAAUUGUGUGUCAUUUUGUUUAUUUUUGUUCAUCUUAUUUGAUCAAUUGAUUAUAAAUUGUUCGUUUUCUAUUUGAUUGUAACCGAGCUCAUCAUGUAUGCAGGAUCUUCUACAUCAUCUUCCAAACCCGAACCUCGGGACAAGGAUAGUUCAAAGGGGCGACCAAAUUAUGUUCAGAAAGCAACUCUUGCUGGUCAUACCAAAGCGGUUUCAUCUGUUAAAUUUAGUCCUAAUGGUGAAUGGUUAGCCUCGUGUUCAGCUGAUAAAUUCAUCAAAAUCUGGUCUGCCUAUGAUGGUAAAUUUGAGAAAACCAUCUCAGGUCAUAAACUGGGUUUAUCUGACAUUGCCUGGUCAACCGAUUCCCGAUUAAUUGUUUCAGCUUCAGAUGAUAAGACACUUAAAUUGUGGGAAGUUGCCACUGGUAAAUGUUUGAAAACAAUGAAGGGUCACUCAAAUUAUGUUUUCUGUUGUAGCUUUAAUCCUCAAUCAAAUCUAAUAGUUUCCGGAUCAUUUGAUGAAUCGGUUCGCUUGUGGGACGUUAAAACGGGCAAAUGUUUAAAAACGCUUCCCGCUCACUCUGAUCCGGUCUCAGCGGUUCACUUUAAUCGAGAUGGAACUUUAAUCGUGUCAUCAUCUUAUGAUGGUCUCUGUCGUAUUUGGGAUACAGCCUCAGGUCAGUGUUUAAAGACCCUCAUCGAUGACGACAAUCCACCCGUUUCAUUUGUCAAAUUUUCGCCCAAUGGGAAGUACAUUUUAGCCGCAACUCUAGACAACACCUUGAAACUUUGGGAUUACAGUAAAGGAAAAUGUCUCAAACUUUACACUGGCCACAAGAACGAGAAAUAUUGUAUCUUUGCCAAUUUCUCUUGUACCGGAGGUAAAUGGAUCGUUUCUGGAUCGGAAGAUAAUCUUGUUUACAUUUGGGAUCUACAGACCAAGGAAAUCGUUCAAAAGCUUGCUGGACACACGGAUGUGGUCAUGUGCACCUCUUGCCACCCAACCCACAAUAUAAUUGCUUCCGCUGCUCUGGAAAACGAUAAAACAAUAAGACUUUGGAGAAGUGACAAUUAGACCAAUUUAAUUGUUGCAACAAAUCGAGGUGAAGAAACUAAAUCAUUGAGACUGAUCAAUUUUUGUAUAAACCAAACAUUGGAAAUAAACAAAAAACUAAAUUGUUUAA